GAUCCCAAUAUGGCAACAUCAGUUUCACAAAAACAGCUCAACGACAAAUUAGAAAGAGUUUCUGAGCAAUACAAAAUGGAGAAACCUAUAGAUAAUUCUUUUCAGACCUUGCAAGCAUAUCAUCAGUCUGAACAUGAAUUUAGUUUAACUAGGCAAGUAAAGGAUAUUCUUCCUACAGGGCAGGAGAGCUUAGUGGUUAAAGACGGUAUGAGACCUGACCCGUUUAACAUUUUAACUCCAGAGUUCACACCACUGUUGAAGAAGAUUGAUUUUAUUUCACCGAUUCCCUCUGCUACUCCACAAGAGCUGGCCUCUGGGGCACGUCGCAAAAUCCCAACAUCGAAUGCAAAAACAGAGGAGGCUCAAGAGUCAACAUCACCCACUAAUGGCCAAACUCAGAAAAGAGAGACGCCUGGUCAGAGCAGCAAGCUCCCAGCAAGCUCUGUGUCUCCAAGCCUGUCACAACGGUCGCCGUUACUGCGCCCCGCAGAAGAGCAAACAUCUGUGGAAGAAAGGCAAUCUCCACUUUUGACCAGAAGGAAGAUGGCUUCUGAAACUCAAAUACAAACCCAACUGUGUACUGAGAAGAUCCCCACCGAGGGCAAACCUACAGAGAAGGAUAAACAUAACCCAUUCAAAGCUCCUCAGGUUAUCCGUAAGAUCAGGGCUGAAGUCUUUGCAGAUGGCUCUGGACACUUGAAACUGUGGUGCCAGUUCUUCAAUGUUCUUAGCGACUCAAACGUCAAGUGGUACAAGGAUGAGGAGGAGAUUGCACAGGUUAAAAAAAUUGCAGGGGACGAGACCCAGGUCAACCUGGCCAUUGUUCAGGCAUCGUGUAAAGACUCAGGAGUUUACGGAUGCUCAAUAACCAAUGAAUAUGGUUCUGACACCACAGACUUUCUACUUAGCGCUGAUAUUUUGGCUGGAAUGUCUCUGCGUGAGGACCUUGGUGUUGGCGAGGAAAUUGAAAUGACCCCCCUCAUAUUCAACAAGGGACUGGCGGAUUCAGGCAUCUGGGGCAACAAAUUCUUUGGACGUAUAAUAAUGACGGAGUCACAAGUUGGAGCUAGCUGUUCCAGUAAAAUCUGGAGAGCUAAAGUCAUUUACGGCCUUGAGCCUGUUUUUGAGUCUGGUAACACAUGCAUAAUUAAAACACGCAGCCCUAUCACCUAUGCAGGCAAGGAGGAAAGCUCGCUCAUAGAAAGGAACCAGCACAUCAUGAAACAGGAGUGUAGAAAUCAGAACUUGGCACGGGAAUACUGCAAAAUCUUCAGUGCGGAGGCGAGGGUCAUAGAAAACUUUGGACCCCCUCUGGAGAUAAGUCCAGUGUACUUGAUGUACAGACCAGCAAACCCAGUCCCCUAUGCCACAGUGGAAACUGAUCUGCUUGGAGUCUAUAAGAAAUACUCUGUCCUGGAUGAUACGGGGAGAAUAAACGUCAAGACCGGUUCUGAAGUAGAGCAGAAGUGCUGUGCAUUGCAGCACUGGAUUUUUCAGUGGACUUCUGGCAAUUUGCUUCUCACUCGCCUGGAAGGUGUUGACACCAAGAUCACCAAUGUCGGUGUUUCAGUCAAAUCAACAGGGCACCAGGGUUUAUCCGUUGAAGGAAAUCCCGAGGUUUUUGAUCAGUUUGUCCUGCAGCACAAGUGCAACUACUUCUGCGGCCUGCUUGGGCUGAGGUCUUUGAAGGUCAUGGACUCUUUAAGCACCCCAACAAAGCCAAAAGGCUCCAAAAGCCCUUUACUGCAGCGCAAAAAGGCUGUGCCCUCUUCCAGCCCUCAAACCAGCAGAAAAGCUGCUGUUAGCCCCAGGAUGCCCAGGAAGGCUGAACCUGAAGGCAACAAGAGUUCUUCGACUCAAAAAGAUUCUGAAGCUCCCAAGGUAGUGAAAGUAGUGCAGACCUGACAGAGCAGUAUCUUCCCAGAGAUCUUACGUUACAACUAGUACCACUUCACAAAUCCCCACAAGGAAGUUAGAAUAGUUUUAAUAAUUACAUGCAAUAAUAUUUAAUUUUACCAUGUACCAUUCCUUGCCCUAUGAUACUUGCUGUGGAGAAUAUUUGUUAUAUGCUGCAUUUUAUAUUUUUAAUUCAGUUAUUUAAGAAGAAGUGUAGUCCUUUAUGAAUUUGUUGUUUUGUUAGUUAAACACCAGAUUGUAGAAGUCUAACUCAGGUCAGUAUCUCUACUACAAAAGUGUAAAAUGAAUCAAACUGAAGCUGUGUUACAUGUUACACGUUCAUGACUGUUACUGACAGCUUAAGAAGUAAAAAUAUAAAUAUGUAUAGCCUACAGAGCAUUAGCAAGCAUAUGAAGCAGACCUGGAGUCAACCAUUUUUUUCUUAUAAAAAUUUAAGCGUAUUCAGCUUUAGAUGGUACUGUUUUACAAAAUCAGGCGACGUGAUUAUUGGGUUUUAUUUUGCAAGCUGAGAUGUUUUCUUGCUACUCUACUUUGCACUUUGUAUUUUUAAGAACUGACUCUUGAAUGUAACACACUAUGCAAUAAAAUAUAUGAUGAAAUCCAUUUGCUUAGAGA